GUGGAUUACCGAUGACUGGAGUCCAUGUAGCCGGCUCUGCGGUCCUGGCUAUCGUGAGCGCAUGGUUGUGUGGCAUCACGACAACGAACGGUACUGGCUGUUGGCUGUUAUGUGUCGAACGCCAAAGCCAGCCACACAGGAGCCUUACAUAAUUGAGAAGUGUCCAACGUGGGAGGUGGAGGAGUGUAUUGGAUUGAGUAUGCUUUCAGUAUUUAGUACGA